AUGAAUAGUACAAUUUUUCUCUUGCUUAGUCUGGCAGCAUACGUGGCGUGUAGUGGCGGCGAGGAACCACCAUUAGCAGGCAGCUUAGAUGAUGAUGAAUGGAUGUAUGAAGAUGUCAACAAUAACAUUGAACUUAGUCAGCCAAUUAAACUGAAUAGAGUACCAACAUCUGAACGGCAUGGAUCAGUUGAAAUUAGUGAACCAAUUGAACCGAGUGAACCAAUUGGACUGAGAGAACCAAUUAUUAAACCGAGUGAAGUAGCUAGUACUUCACGCAGUGUGACUCCCAGUAACAGAUAUGCAAAAGGUGUGUAUUAUGACUACCACGGUGAUCCAGAAGUGGCGUCACGUGACAUAGGGUAUUUAUGUAAAGAAGGUGUACAGAAUUUCACUAGUACAGGUGUAGUCACCAUCUUAGAUUCUGUAACCCAGUCGUUUGAUGGCGAAACACUCGUUAUCAACGACAUAUACGUCCCAGAAAUUCAAGCAGAAGAUCUACGGUCGAUACAAUGGGCUGAAGGUACACUCAAGAUCAACGGGAUAGAAAAUGAAAAAUUCAAGGGAAUACCAGGAAAGGGAACCCUGAUUUUUUAAUUAAGCAAUAAGUCUACAAUAAAAAAUAAAAAUUCAUGUAUCUAAUUUCAAA